UUUGCUCUUCUAAUCCCACAGAUUACCACUGCACAACCUCGCUGACGGAGAGCGCUUCGCAGCAUAGUUUUCAUACAUUGACCAUUUCUCGACACUUUCUGUUUCUGUCACAUAUGCGGUCUUAGCCCAAGGAUGAAGGGAUAACAGAAACUGAAACGUGUGACAGUCUGUUCACCGCCAGUCCGCAAACCUGGAUUAACCUACGCAUCAACCCUGCGACUUCACAAUCAGCAUAGCUGGGAUUCGUGGGUGUUGGCGAUGUGCUUGGAGUUCAACUCUGUUACAGUCCAUGUGGAUGCAGGGGUUUAGACAACACUAGGCAGGGUCUUUGCGUCACUAUCUUAUCAGGUCAGCUGGUUUAUCCCACAGUCCGGUCAGCCAGUUCGUCCAACAGUCACUUCCAACGGUCAGCUGUGGAGAGCAGCGUAGCUCGGCCAGUGUGCUACUGGGAGACUCCAUAGAUGGAGUCCCUGGCUCCGUGUCAUGAAAUGGAACCUGAACCGGAAGAGGUAAUGGAGGCAAAGGGGAUGGACUCCUCUGAGUCCACACCGACAGAGCCCUCCCUGGACCCUGACUGGGCAGAGAGUCCCGGCGAAGAGGCUCCUCCGGAAGAGCCACAGCAGGGAGACACACACCUGAGUCAGGAGGAGGAGGUGGGGACAGAGAUGGUGUCAGCAGAGCAGGUGGACACGGUGGAAGGAAAAGAAGUAGAGAACCAAGGCGAGGGGGAACAGGAAGAGGAUGAGGGAGAAAUGGAAGAACAGGCCCAGGAAGGAGUGGAUGACAAACAAGAUGGUGGAGGCAUGGAGGAAGCCAACGAGUCUGCCUCUUGCCCUGACCUCGAGAGUGAGGAGGUUCCUUCGGAGGAGCGGCUGAAGAUGAGGAAGACAUCCAGCUUCAUGAAGACGGUGCGGUUUCGGGAACCCUCGGAUUCAGAGCCAGAGGAAAAGAGAGAUAGCUCAGUGGAGAAUUUGUUUCCUGACUACGAGACUGACGAAUGGACUUCCUCCAGCUUUGAGGAGCUGUUCAUGGCCGAAGAGUGGAUUAACAUUACAGAUGACCGCCUGCUGAGGAAGAAGGUACAGGAGCCUGGUCCACCCGAGGCUCAGGGCCCAGCCUGGGGCCAGCAGGUGACCCUCAAAAUGCAGGGGGUCCUGGAGGAUCGCAUGGUGGUGGAGAAGGACACCAAGCUGGUGUUCGUCAUCGGAGAAGGGGACGUUAACCAAGCAUUGGAGGAGUGUGCAAUAUCAAUGAGGAAGGAAGAGAUCGCGUUACUGCUGGCAGACUCACAGUAUACCUACGGGCUUCUGGGAAGGGAGCCUGACAUUCAGGCCUGGGCUCCAAUCCUUUACCAGCUGCAGCUCCUGGACUUCAGAGACAAGCCCAAUGCCCUGGCUCUCCUCGUGGCGGACCGCAUCCGGAUCGGCAAUCACAAACGAGAGCGAGGGAACUUCUACUUUCAAAGGGAGGAGUACAGCAUGGCGGCGCACGCCUACUGCAUGGCCCUGGAAGUGCUGACCACUCACACACGUGAUAUAGGCAAGGACUGCUGCCAGGCAGGGGAGGAAGAGGAGGUGAACGACCAGCGGGUGAAGUGUCUGAAUAACCUGGCCACUGCCCAGCUGAAGCUGGAGCAGUUUGAUGAGGCACUCCACACCAGCCGUGACGUGCUGUUCCUCGAUACGCUAAAUGUGAAAGCCCUUUUCAGAGCAGGGAAGCUCUUGUCAGACAAGGGUGAGUAUGAGGAGGCUAUGGAAUUGCUGAAGAAAGCCCUGAAACUGGAGCCAACAACCAAGGCCAUUCACGGGGAGCUAUCAAAGCUUGUGAAAAGACAGUCUGGCGGAAACGAAACACAGAAGUGGAAAGCUAAACCAGCUCAGGUGUUAGGGGAAAAUAUUUCACCCUUUGUGAUUCCUUCCAAAAAGAAGCCCUCAGGAAUUUCUUGGAAAUUUCUGCUUGGUGCUCUGGUGGUGGCCUUGGGCAGUUUAGUGACAUCAGUGGUCCUGACUGCAAGAAACUAACUCACCUACUCUCAAACUACUGUAACUACAAGCCCAACAGCAGAACUGCCGAGAGUGAGAAAGUGCAUUGAAUCAUUGUAGUAUCUGCCCCUAUUGAGUACUGAUGUUGACUUACACCGACACAUGCAAUGUAGAAUGUACUGACUACACUUCAAACCACAUUUGCCAGAAAUACAUUUAUUUUGCUUACAUUUCUGUGCUGCCCUUCUGGAACACAGCUCUGAUAUGAUAGCUACAGUAUGUCAUCAAGAAACCCUCCCCGAUUAAUGUCAUCAUCCAUGACAUCAUCCAUUUCCAUCCCACAAACCUGUGACACCCAUAUCAAAUAUUUCAAUUAAACUGCAAAUGCAACCAAAGGAAGUACAGGGAUGAAGAUGUUGAUUUGUUAGAUGUGGUGUUUCUUUAAAGUUGCUUUCAAUUGAUAAAGAGUAACCAAAGGAAACUUCUAAACUACAACUGAUUUUGUCUUGACAUUUUUAUAUUUGACAUUUUAAAUUAAGGAAAAUAAACCAUAGCCAAUUAAUUGAAAUACGUUUUGUUUUGUCCCAAAAUAUUUUGUUACAUGUUAUCUUGAGCACCACUGUGUUUGAAUUCUGCUGAAAGUAUCCCCCAUAAAUUGUGGUAGGAGCAAUAAACAAUUCAUCAAAUACAA